AUGAUGGCUUCCGAAACAGUCCUGAUCACAGCCGGUCCAUAUCAAUUCCUCGGUGUGCUUGAGUCCGCCGCGCCCAAAACCGUCCAGCUCUUCCGCAGCCUCCUGCCAUACAAACAGAAGAUUAUUCACGUCCGGUGGAGCGGAGAGGGGAUGUGGAUUCCCCUGGGGGAAACCAACUUCGGCGUACCUUUCGAAAAUCAUACGGCACAUCCGGCAGCAGGCCAGAUCCUAUUGUAUCCCGGGGGGUUUUCAGAGACCGAGUUUCUAUUCUGCUACGGAGGAGUUUCUUUUGCGAGCAAGAUGGGGCCAUUGGCCGCGAAUCACUUUUUGACUAUCACCGAGGGACGAGAGAACUUGCAUGCUCUGGGGGAGCUGGUACUAUGGUCUGGGGCGCAGGACGUAGCGUUUCAGAUGGCCGACGAAGCUACGUAG